GUCACACUCAUAAAACCCCAAAAGAGAGAGAGACUUUUUAACCGUCAAGAACAAGAUGGAAAAUCAUCAUCACCGACUCUCCUCCACGAAAUCCGACGGCGUAGAAGCGUCGGACGGUGUGGGGCAGGGGAAGCUAUACUCUCCUGACCACGCGAUCAAAAUCGCUACAAAACGCUACGAAAACGUGGAACAGGGGAAGCUAUACUCUCCUGACCACGCGAUCAAAAUCUCAGAGAAGCCUAACCCCGAAAACACUGUGGAAUCAUCUGAUUCAGAAGAAGGGGAGAAGCAGAGCAAGACGAUGGUGUUGUUGGGGAUGAAGAAUCUCGCAUCUGUUAAGGAUAAAGUAUUAGAGAAACUAGCCGCUGCUUCGGUUCCCUCGGAGUCGCUAGAAAACACUAAACAGUUUUUAGAAGGUGUGAUUAAGGAUUUCGCCGGAGCGGCUCAGGGUAUGACGAAAGACGCGUUGCACCGGAUUAAAACUCAUCUCACUGUUAUUCUCCCUUCUGUUUCUCCAGACGUCACCGGAAAGAUAGUGGACGAUGCUGAGAAGGAAGCCAUUAAAGGAGAGGAAGAAGAUGAGAGAAAAUCAAAAGAUAGCUCCGGAGACGAAGUCACAGGAAAGUUGCCGUAUGUGUCUCCAGCGUCUUCAUUUUUCGGCUCUCUCGCCAAACCUUUCUCAAAGCUUUGAUGAGUUUUUUGUUUCUUAAGCGUACAAGUUAAUCUAAGAUGAAUAAGAAAAAUCCUAAGAUUUCUGUAUCAUUUGAAAUUUUAUGUUUGCUUAUGAUGGAAGAUGGUGUACGCUUAA